GACUUCCGUGCGCUAGCUAAAUGUUUAGUGAGCGAGUCAAUGUAUCUGCAACCUAAAGCCAACUAUAUAAAUCGGUCUAAAUGUGCUCUCAAUGCGCUUAAGCAAACUCAUUUGGAUUGUCGCACUGUUUGUCAUCCUAUGCGUAGAGAGCACACGGCAAUAUCCCAAUAUGCGAGGCCUCAGCGACGAUUAUGAUCUGAUAAAUACAGAAAAUAGUAUUUCGAACACUGCAGAUGAAGCCGAUGAGCGUCUGAGUCGUUUGAAGAGCUAUUAUGGGGAUGUUUCGGACGAUGGAGCGGCUGCGCCUCCAACUGUAAGUCCUGACUGUGAACCCGUGCUUGGCGUUGCCACUGAAGCCCCUAAAACCACUUGUGUGACCGUAAAAGCUGACUCUAUUACGCCAAGAACAACAGCAUUAACAACAACAGCAGCCACCACCAGUGGUUGUGUCACCACACGGGCUCCAGUGGCGAGUACAACUAUAGCUUGCGAUAGAUUUAAUUUCAAUGAAGCGCCACAGCAGUCAGAUUCGUCUAUGACACAGCAACAGUGGCAGCAGCAGCUUCAGAAACAACUGCAGAUGCAACUGCAACAGCAACAGCAGCAACAACAACAACAACCGCAGGGUCAGGGUCAGGGUCAAGGGCAGGGUCCGGAGCCAGUUGGCGAAGGUACUAUGAUGGCCAGCACCGAGGAUGAGGCCGAUCUACGCAGCAGGGAGCUGCGCACUCUCGUCCAGCAUUUGUACGUGGCUCAGGCACGUGUGCAGCUGGAGGCCACGGAGAUUAGGAAGGCGCAGGCGGUGGCGUCCACUGCGCAAGCGCAGCUCGAAGUGGCUGCGAAUCAAGUGCGCACCAUAACCGCCACUCUGCACAAUGCCCAGCAGGAGGUGGCCGCUUCGGCCAUACGUGCUCAGAUCGCACAGCUACAGCUGGCGGCUCAUGAUCAGCUGUUGUUUGCUGCCCGCCAGGACGUGGAUGCACUGUCCUCGCAAAUGGUUGGUCUGCAGGCGGCUGAGGGUAUUGUGCAGCCAAAGAUGACUGUGGACUUGCACGCAUUGCUGGACAAGCUGCGGCAGCCACUGCAGUUCUUUGAUAGACCAACGCCAGUGCCGGUGAUUGUGACGUUGCCACCAGCUUUUGGGGGCACACUCGAUCGCACACAGUUGCACGGUGGAGCGGGGAAGAAAGUCAAACGAAAGCCGAAACGGAAUCAGCACCAGAUGUCAGCGCGAAGACAAUAUUUUGAUCGGAACUAACACAUAACCGUUUGCGUUUUGAUUGGCAUGUAUUUCGCUAAAUGAAAUCUAUCUAUAUAUUUUUUGCUAAGAAUUUGAUCUAUUUUGUAAGUGUUAACCGAA